AUGGGUGCAUCAGGCUUAGGUUCUGGUUUAGCAAAUUGCAUUAAUCUCUCAAAUUUGACACUUAAACUUCGUAGCAAUUAAAUUGGUGCAAUGGGUGCAUCAGGCUUAGGUUCUGCUUUAGCAAAUUGCAUUAAUCUCUCAAAUUUGACACUUAACCUUUUUAGCAAUUAAAUUGGUGCAAUGGGUGCAUCAGGCUUAGGUUCUGCUUUAGCAAAUUGCAUUAAUCUCUCAAAUUUGACACUUAAACUUCGUAGCAAUUAAAUUGGUGAUGAAGGUGCAUCAGGCUUAGGUUCUGGUUUAGCAAAUUGCAUUAAUCUCUCAAAUUUGACACUUGAUCUUAGUUUUAAUUAAAUUGGUGCAAUGGGUGCAUCAGGCUUAGGUUCUGGUUUAGCAAAUUGCAUUAAUCUCUCAAAUUUGACACUUAACCUUUUUAGCAAUUAAAUUGGUGAUGAAGGUGCAUCAGGCUUAGGUUCUGGUUUAGCAAAUUCCAUUAAUCUCUCAAAUUUGACACUUGACCUUUAGUAAAAACAGUUUAUUUGUUUUGGAUUGUGA